GCAAAGACCACCGGUGAUGAGUUAGAAUAUUGCAGGAGGUUGUUAUCGGCAGCAACAGUUCUCUGGCUGGCCUGUGGUUCUGUUCUGUAGCAGACAACUAAUGAAGGGCUCUGUUCUCUCUGUGGCGCUGGCUGGGAGGACACACGCGGAGAAGGCAGUGGGGGUGGGGGAAUGUCGGCGCGGAGACGGGGGAUGGGAUUGCGCCUCUUCUUUGCUUGCGUUCCCCCGGCAGACGCCCUCCCUCCGUCAUUUCAAUUUCGGGCUUGAUGGGCUCGGCAGUGGGAUGAUGGAAGGGAGGCUGGUCGGCUGUAAGGCUGGAGAUGGGCGACUGACGAGUAACGUGAUGUUUUUGAGGAUGGAUGCGAAGUUCGACUGUCCUUUUCAUGUGCUUGCUUCUGUUCUAUUACAACCAAGCCUUGGGCAUGGCGGGAAAGGCUUGCGGCCAACGGGUUGCCUAAAGUGAAUUCUCCGUUUGAAGGGGGGGGGCCCACAACAACCACAUGCACACUUUACCAAACCAAAUAACAAAUUAGACUUUCAAGCC